UGUUAAAAACACACAGCCAUCUUUAUGCUUUAAUUUGGACUCUUAUAAAUAUGCAAGCGAUUGAAAGAAGAAUUAAAUCUAAACUCUCUGGAAAAAUUGUGGAUUUAAAGCGAUAUCCCCUUCGCGUUCAAAUGUAUGAGCUUCCCCCUUCGGAAGAAAUUGACAUGGAGGAAUUUGAAAAUUUGGGUUGGGGACGUUUAAAAUUACUAAAAGCAGUCGAAAAUUCAAAAAUUCGUUUUGCUAAAUCGGAGGAGCAAAAGAGAUCAAUUGAAGAAGCUUGUAAUAAAUACUUCCCUCUCUCUCAUUUAUACAACGCGAACGACGAAAAAGUUUACGAGGAGAGAAGAAGGGAUCACAUCUCUCACUUUAUACUGAAACUUGCUUUUUGCAGAAGUGAAGAACUAAGAAGGCGGUUCUUAACAUUGGAAACCGAGUUAUUUCGCUUUCGUUUAUCUAAUGAAGAUAGCGAGAGCAUUACCAGUUUUCUCUUACAUAACAAUCUUUAUUAUAAUAAGAUUUUGUUGGAGGAGAAAAUGGCUUUAAGUAAAGAGCUAAAAAGUGUGGCUAACAAAGCUUUUAGCCGGGAAUCUUUUGAUGCUACCGAUAUUUACAAACUGCGCUUUGAACAAGCCAUCGAUCUCGUACGCGGCCGGCGCGUUUUUUUGAAAGGGGGUUUUGCCUAUGUUCCUAAAAAAGACUUGAUCACUAUUGUAGCUGCUGAGUUUCGUCAGGCUCUUUCGGAGUCGCUUACGCUUGCAGCAAAGAGUCUUCCGCUCCUCGAGGAAAACGACCGCAUUCUGCCCUUUCUCAAAACUUUAGGAGAGUGUGACACUUCUAACGAUUACCGGCCGAAAGAAGUGUCUUCCUCUAUCACAGCAGACGACGUCAAUGAUCUCGUGAAGCAUUUUCCUCUGUGCAUGAGCCAUCUUCACCACUGCCUUCGUCGGGACCACCACUUGAAGCACUGGGGUCGCUUGCAGUACCGUCUCUUUUUAAAGUGGAUCGGCCUGUCCGUAGAAGAAGCCAUUAAGUUUUGGAAAAAAGAACUUCUCAGGGUCAUGCCGCUGAAGAAGUUUGAAGGAGAGCAUCUGUACGGCGUUCGGCAUACCUACGGAAAAGAAGGGAAGCACUUGAACUACUCUGCUUACAGUUGUCACAAGAUAAUCACUACCAAUCCCCCGGCCUCAGGGGACCACCACGGCUGCCCUUUUAAGCAUUUCGACGCCAUUAAUUUGCGCACGCUUCUUCUCCAGGGGAAAAUAUCCAGUGUACAGGUUGAGGAGAUCCUUAAAUUAGUAAAAGAAAAGCACUAUCAAGUUGCCUGCACCCGCUUUUUUGAGGCCGUUCACAAGGUUGAGCACCCUUCUUUAACCAUUAUACACCCCAAUCAGUUUUAUGAAGAAAGUUUGGCCGUAAAAGGUUUACAUUCAGGUACUCCUUUUCAAAGCAACUCAAUAUCAGCUAAAGAGACUUAAGGGAAUGUGGAAUGCUUAAGCAUUGAACUUAGGGUAAUUUUUGUAGUAUUUACGGAAUCGUGU